AUGGAUGAUCUGAAGUAUCUUUCGGAUGAAUUGAAAUUUCGGAAAGAUCUUGAGCUACCUCUUCGUGAGUAUCGGCUUGAUCCCUAUGGUGACUUUCCAUCUGGGAGGGUCAUCGGUUAUCAGAAAUUAAACAAUGACAAUUUGCAUCUUCUGUGCUUCAAUAAUGGACUUUAUGUUUUUGAUCUAGACCACCUAGUCUAUCACGAAAAAGCAAGCCCUCUCUCUAGCUUCGUUGCAUACUUAUAUCUGGAGAAUUUUCAAGGAACGAAUGGUGAGUGCUUCCCAGCUCAUGUGUUUUUUAAGAGUGAUGGUAUAAUUUUAUUCUACAGAAUUAAUCUUUCGACUCUGAAGUUUUCCCCUGUUUUUAUUUCUGAACGGGGCGAUUUCUCUGUAUUGAACUUCCAAAGUAUAACAGCAUCUUCUAAGAACGGGAUAUACAUUUCUCAGGCUGGAAAGACAAUAUAUAAAUGGUCGUAUUUUGACCCUAGAGAAUCACUAGGUGUAUUUCUCCCUGUGGAAAGACAACCACUGCAAUACUCCACUUUUAUGCUAAAUGAUAGUAUAUUUCUUUGCGUCUACAAGAGUGUAUUCAAUGGAGAUGUAUUUGUAGAAUUUUCCAAGCAUUGUUCAAGAACAGGGAUUUUUAAACCUCUAAAGAGAGCAACCUUAGGGAAUUUAGAUUUUAAAAGCGUCAUAAUAGAAAAAAUCAAUGAUCAAUUAGUACUUUGUGUGACUUCAAACAAGACUUGGAAUUUUACCUCGGAUUUGAAGGUUUUCCAAAGAAAAAAUAAGGGACUACCAAAUGAUGCACAAUUUUUCAGUAUAAGUUGGAACUCCAUGAUGAAUUCAAUUCGUCUUCACACAUCCUCUGACGUCUUCGAGACUACUGAUCUAGAUAUUCACCUGGCGAAACCUCCUAUAAGAUGGUCUUCGAAAAAAAUACACAGCAUUUCAAGUUAUAGCGCUUCGAUGGUAGAUUAUUCUUAUGAACUUCGAGAAAAUCUCUAUGUUAUCAUUUAUGCAAGAGGUUUAGUCGUACUUGUCAAUUCCUCAACGUUACAAUCAUCGGUGCUCAAAUGUGAUAAUGAAAAUAGAUCUUAUUUUGCAGGCCAGAUAGCUGCUAAUAAGGGUUCUGAUUUGAAUACUGUCCUUUUGUGUGGUGCAUCAGGAGACCGCCACGGAUUUUUUGAAAAACGAUUCCUACAAUAUCCUCCAUGUAAACGGGUAUUUCCAUUCUCAAAGCGUUUAAUCCAUACUCCAGUGACGAACCUUUGGUCCACAAAAGACGGCAUAUUUUAUGAAUCCUUAGGAACUAUAUACAAUAGCGACUCUGACUCUGAUAAUGGCCAAGAUGGUAUCUGGGUUUCAAAAACCGGUGAAGUACUCAAAGAUGCGGAUGAUGAAACACUUUUCAAAGAGUCAGUCGCUUCUUCAUGGGGGGAUGAAGCGGAAGAAGUUUCUGGUGCUAUGUCUUGGGAGAGAAACACUGAUUAUAUUGCAACCAUAUGUGCCAAUGGUGUAUUGGAGCUUCUAAAAUACACUGAAGAAUCAGCUCCUCAAAAAAUUUUACAAUUGCAACUGGGGGAAUGGCUCAAUGAAGCUACCGUAGUCUCAGCAUGCUACAAUUACCGAAAAAAGAUAUUACACGUUGCCGCCUUCGUCGAUUAUCGUAAAAUAUUUUACUGUGACAACAGAAAUAAAUCUUUUGAGAUUCCAGUAGAGCAUGAUUUCCAAGUAGCUGGAUUACAGAUUAUUGAUAAUUAUGUUAAUCUUGCUCGUGGAUUUACAGAUCGCCUUGUAUCUAACGUUCUUAUUGUGGCCACUAGCUUUGAUGGUCGAAUAAGAAUUUAUUCAAUGCUCAAUGAAAAAGUUAUAUUAGAGAUCAAAUCCCCCCAAAAUAGUGAAUUUCAAAUGGUAAAAUUCUUUAAUUUCAUUAUUUUUCACAACGCCUUCGAGGUUAUUCUACUUCGAACCUGUGAUCUAGUAUAUGGGAAUCUACCGCUACCUGAGAUUCCUUAUAAAAUUAUCCAUUUAAAGAACAAUGAAAUCUGUAUUCUAGACAGGUGUUGGAAUCUACAAUUUUUGGAAAUCUCAGCAUCGGUUGAGAAACAGCUUAUGAUCCAUGAGCCUGAAUACCAAAGCCAAUUUUACAAUUUCGGUGAUUAUUUGCCCUUGCAAAUGUCCCUGAUGCCGGGAUCUGAUAAUUUAGUGGCAAUGGCUCUUAAGAACUACUCAAAUUCUGCAGGGUUACAACUGGUUCUUUUCGAUCAUAUUAAUAUGAAAACCGUAAAAAGUCAAGAAUGGGAUGAGGUGGCUUCUGGUGUUCUCUUGGUCUCGUACUUUAACCACUUGCUUUUGAGUUACUACAAAGAUGACCAUUCGAUUGUAAAAAUAUUCGAUUUUCAUUUGAAACUGAUUAGAAGGAUGUCCUUCGACCAUAGAAUACCUUCUCUUUAUUUUACAACCCCGGGACUUGAAUCGAUCCGCUCAGGUUUAAGAAUAAAGGAUUGUGAGGAAUUUACUUCUGGACUGCCUGAAAAUAUAAUAGAGAACCUUUGUCGUCAUUUCAAUGACCCUAGGAACAGCAAGUAUAGAACGAUUUACGAAACUGCGAAAAGGCCUCAAUUAGUAACAUGGCAUCAUGGUAAAGAAGACGAAUACCAAGCGACAGAUACAGAUAUUCUAAUAGAUUUUGUUGAAGAUCGAAGGGAACCGACUAUAUCACGUCCGAAGAAUUAUAAACUUCACCUGACAUUUAAUAAUCACAUAUCGAUUGAUGACUUCAAGAAACUGAUACCUUAUGAAAUCUUGAGCGUUUCACCAAUCGACGAAUUCAUUUACAACAUUCAAGACGGAAUUCAGAGGACCUCAUAUAUCCGCCCUCUUUUUCUCAUAACAUGCUCUCACAACGCCAUAUACAUUUUGUCUGCCAAAUACAUAGAACCAGACGAAUGGAAAUGA